AUGGCAUCGUCACUUCCGGGACCUCGUCAACUUCCCGACUCUCAAUAUGAUUUGUCUACCUACUGGGGCCGAGUCCGCCAAUGUGCCGACCUAGCAGAUCCAAGGACUCUCUUCACUUCCGAUGCCGAAUUGAAACAUGCGAUCAACCUACUGACCAUUUAUAAAAACGACCACGCCAAAGUGAUGCGAACCGAACUCUGGCAAGCCAAAAAGAUCGUCGAUUCUACGCUGCACCCCGAUACUGGCAAACCAGUGCUUCUGCCUUUCCGCAUGUCAUGUUACGUGUUUUCAAACCUCAUUGUCACAGCCGGAAUGUUGAUUCCUGGAAUGAAGUGGAGGGGAAUUCUAGGAUGGCAGAUUGCAAACCAGUCUCUCAAUGUUGCUAUCAACAGUGCAAAUGCCAAUCAAUCCGCACCACUUUCAACCGAGGCAAUGAUCAAAUCCUACUUCAUGGCUGUAUCUGCAUCUUGCUCCGUCGCACUGGGUCUUAAUAGCAUGGUGCCGCGGAUUUCGUUUCUGAGCCACCAAACAAAGACAAUCCUAGCUCGCCUUGUCCCAUUCGCUGCUGUCGCUAGUGCUGGAGCACUGAAUGUUUUUCUAAUGCGUGGCGAGGAAAUUCGUCGUGGAAUUGACGUGUUCCCUGUAUCUUCAGUCACAGGAGAAGACGGCCAGGAAACGACGGAAGUUUCUGACAAGAGCCUCGGGAAGAGCUCGAAAGCAGCAUUCAUUGCCGUGGGCGAAACAGCUACUAGCCGAGUGCUCAAUGCCAUUCCUGUCAUGGUGGUGCCAUCUCUGCUCCUAUUGAAGAUACAGAAAACGGAGUGGCUAAAGAAGCGACCUUCGCUCCUUAUGCCGGCAAAUAUAGGUCUUGUUUUCAUAACCACGAGUGUCGCUCUUCCGUUCGCUCUCGCAAUAUUUCCUCAGAAGCAAACCGUUAAGAAAGGGUCUCUAGAAGAGAGGUUUUAUGAAAAUGGCCGAGAAGAAGAAUUGGUUGCAUUUAACAGGGGAAUUUAA